AUGGGUUCCGUUUCUGAGAAUGGUGUCCUCCAUGGUCUACCCUACCUAGACCUGGCCUACGAGCUCAACAACUCGGAGGCCACAGCAAAAGAGCUCGCAUACAGCAUCCAGCCCAGUUGGCGGGACACCCCUGAACAGAUUCAAAUUGUCCAGUUCAAGGAGGGUAUUACCAACACGUUGCUCAAGUUGGCUCGCCAUGCUCCUGGUUGGACCCAGGAUGAAGUUGACCGCGACUCGGUGCUCAUGAGGGCUUACGGCAACAACACAGACAUUCUUAUUGAUCGCGAUCGCGAAGCUACGUCCCAUUUAGUUUGUGCCAAACACGGCCUCGCUCCGCCGUUGCUCGCCCGCUUCAAGAACGGUCUGCUGUACAGGUACAUCCCGGGGGAUGUCUGCACACCCCAAGACUUGAUUAAUGAGCAAAUCUGGCGUCCGGUGGCUCGUCGCCUGGGUCAAUGGCAUGCCACUCUGCCAAUAGACGCCUUGUCCAGUCUUAAGGGAAAUGAGGGUUCGGAACCCAAUGGGCAAGUGCAUGGUAUCACAGCACGCAAACCUUCCCCCAAUAUCUGGACGGUAAUGCGAAGGUGGGUCCAUGCACUGCCACAGGAUAACCCCAAACAGCAAGCGCGGAGGAAGUUUUUGGAAGAGGAGCUCGAUCGGUCUUUCAUGGAGCUUGACAAUGCCGACGGACCCGGUCGACAUGGCUUCGUAUUCGGCCAUUGUGAUCUGUUGAGCGCCAAUGUUAUCAAGACUGGUGUCGAGCGCGGGCUCCAGCAAAUAGCCUUUAUCGACUACGAAUAUGCUGUCACCUGCCCGGCUGCAUUUGACAUUUCCAAUCACUUUGCAGAAUGGGGAGGGUACGAUUGUGACUAUAAUAUGCUUCCCACCAAGUCCAUCCGGCAUGAAUUCUUGAAAGAGUACUUAGAGUCAUACAAUGUCCACAGCGACAAAGCAUUGCCCGAUGCGACAGCACUGGAGUUUCUUGAAGCCGAAAUCGAUCGAUAUCGAGGCAUGCCCGGUCUAUACUGGGGUAUCUGGGCACUCAUCCAAGCACAAAUAUCUCUGAUAGAUUUUGAUUACGCCUCGUAUGCCGAGGUCCGGCUAGGCGAGUAUACUGCCUGGCGCAAUGCAAGCAACGCUCAACAAGCCGAAGCCAACACCGAGAAGCCCUUGCGUGAGCGGAGGUGGGCAGAGACGUAG